CUUCACUUCACUUCAUCGUCCGACGCACGACUGCACUUUCAUCCUCACCUCAUCUCGCCUCUUCCAUCCCGUUUCCCCCCACUCGCUCCGCACCAUGAGCGGCCCCGAUAUCGAGAUGGUCGCGGACUCGAUUCUCGAGUCACCCUUCGGCAGCGAGAAGGGGGACGACAUCGUGCCCGCCGAACUGACGGGAGACGCGCACGACGCCCCCGGCCCCUCCUCGACCUUCCUCCCCGCCUCCGAGCCCGGCCCGGACGUUCCCCCUGCUCCACCCUCCUCGCCGCCUCUCCCACCCCUCCACGACGGCGACGACGACGACGACGAAGUCGUCGCCCGCCUGCCCGUCUACAUCUCGCCCUCGCUCGGCCCGAACCUCGCCAUCUUCCAGUAUCCGCUGCAACACCGCUCGCUGCGUGUGCCCAACUGGGCCGCGGACCGGGGCAAGCGCAUCACCUCGCGCGUCAAGGAGGGCGUGGGGCGCGUCGAGGUCGAGGUGCCCGUCGACGCGAACCCCAGCGUGUGGCGCGACGAGCGCGCGCGCGAGCUCGGCUUCGUGCCCGCCGCCGCUAAUGGGCGGGAGGAGGAGGACGGGAGGGAAGGGAAGGAGAAGGACAAGAAGAAGAAGAAGGAGGUCGGGUGGGGUGACAAGAUGCGGCUGCGCAGCGAGAUCGUGCCCACGAAGGAGGGGACGUACUUUUCGGGCAUCGUGCAUGAAGGCGCACUCCACCUCCACCCCAUCAACCGCAUGCUCCAGUUCCGCACGUCGCUCGCCUACCUUGACGACUACGACAACAAGAACCGCCCGCGCGCCGUCGAGGAGGAGGAGAAGAAGCGCGUUGCGCAGCGCAAAGACUUGCCGAAGGGACUCGACGACCUUAACAAUGACGGCUCGGGAUCCAUCAAGGACUUCCGCAACAAAAUGUGGAGCAUGCAGGCGCGCGAAGACGAGGACAAGUGGGUCCCGUACGAGUGGAACGAGUGCGUCGAGAACGAGACCGUCAUCGAAAGCUUGGAGAGCCUGCUCGUCCACCCCGACCGCCGGGCCAUGCUAGAUUGCAAGAUGCGUGCGCUCGACUAUCUCGACCGGCAACACCGCUGAGCGGGGACAGUGUGACUCGGCGAGAUGUACGGGCUGAGGCAUACGCGGGCCGAUGUCGCAGAUGGAUGUAGACACGUAGAGGGAGAGGAGCGCCAUGUACUCAUAACAUCGACAGACGCCAUCGUCGAGAAGACA